AUGGGUGGGGGUGGGGUCCCCCUCUGGUCAAGGCCCAGUCCUGCUGCAAGGGUGGGGCUGCGCCAGCCCCAGCCCCCGGUGGCCCUCCUCCCCUCCCGCCACCGCAGCCUGCAGAGCGGAUUGGCCCACGCUGCAGCCUGCAGCCACCUGUUGCUGUCUGUCUUGGGGCCACCCUCCCUGGGCUCCAUCUGUCCAGCGGGCUCACCGUGGCGGCCGUGGACCCUCCCCCUGCCCAAGCCCGGACGGAGGGGCUCAGACGUCUCCAUGACAACAAGGGCCUUGCAGGAACUGGACGGAGGCCUGGGCAGCCGCCAAGCAGGCAAGGACCUCUCCACACUGGCUGACCCCUGCCCCAACCAGCCCCAGGAGGACAGGGCUCAAGCGAUGCCCAGGCUGGCCGACUCUAGCAGCUGGCCCCAUGUUUCUCAAGCUGAGGGCAGCCCCACAGGCAGUGUGGAUGCCAGGCCCAAGAAGACAGAAAAGGAGCCCGUGGCCAAAGUGGCCCCAGGACCUGGGAAAGAAAGGCUGAAAGCAGGAGCAAUGCCCCGGAGCCCCGCGCGCAGGAAGGUGCAGGCCUCACCGCCCCCGCAGCGGCCGCCGCCACCCCCAGUCCCCGCCCCGAGCGAGGAGCUGCCCUGGGGAGACCUGUCACUCAACAAGUGCCUCCUGCUGGCCUCACUGGUGGCGCUGCUGGGCUCGGCCUUCCAGCUGUGCCGCGAUGCUGUGGCUGGGGAGGCAGAUGCCCCUGCCCCUGUCCCUGAGCCAUGGGUACCGCCAAGCUCGGCCCCGGAGCCAGCACUCGCCCCGCUGAAGCCCAGGGCCUGGGCGCCCCCACCGGGACCGCCGGCGCCACAGCGGGAGGAGGCCGAGGAGGCCGAGAAGGCUGUUGGGGAAAAGCACGCGCCCAAGGAGCCUCCGCGGGAGAGGCCUCGGAAGGAGAGGCCGCCGAAGGAGGAGAGGCUGCAGAAGGAGAAGCGGCGGAAGGAGGAGCGGCCUCGGAAGCCGGAGAAGCCGCGGGCCGCCAGGGAGCCCCGAGGAGCCCUACCCCGGGGCUGGGAGGUGCGCGAAGGGGGCCAUCCGCACCGGGCGCAGGACUCCCGAGACCCGGGACGCAGAAAGAGGCAGGCCUGGGACUCCCCGCGGCGCGCCGACGCCGACCGGCCUCCGGGCCGCCAGAAGCACCGGGCGGGCAAGGGGCGGGACUGAGCCGGGCCGGGGUCCUGGGACACAAUCCUGGGACACCCCCCCCGGGGGGGGGGGCCCGCGGUUCAGCCAAAUAAAUUGAAUGCUGAGCCCAGGGUCGCCUGCUCCGUUGAGCCUCCACGCCGGAAGCUGCCGGGCCUCAAUGGCGGACGUGGAAGCUCCAGGCGUGGAGGUGGCGUGGGGACAGGAGUCGAGGCAGUGGCGCCAUCGGGGAU